UAACAAACACAGAUAUGUUUGAUCUUGAAAAUGAUCUUCCUGAUGACCUGCUGUCGUCCGGAUCCUGGGGAUCCGCAACCGAGAGCACCAAGCCACCGGCGACCGGUCCCGGUCCGGGGCAGCAGAACGGUGCUCUUGACUCAGAACUUAGGCAACAUGUACAGCAACAGCAGCAACAACUCUCUCAUCACAUUAUCCAGCAACAAGGAAACAAAAACUUGGUGGCAAACUCGUUGGUAAUGACUGGACCGUUGGGCAGCAAAAGUCCUAACAUGCAAUCACCGCCGAACGUUUCUGUCUCUAAAGGUGUAGUCGAUCCGCAGAUGGUCGUAAGUCUUGGGAAUUUACCGAGCAGCAUAGCCAGUUCGUUGGCUAACAAUCAAAUGUCCAUCGCGAAUUCGAUGGGUGGUCUGCAGUCGUCUAUGAGUAUGGCCGGUAGUAACCCCGCGAUGUCCAUGUCGGGCGGCAUGAAUUCGGGCUUAGUGAUGACUAGCACAGCAAGUGGUAACAACAAUAUGGGAGGAAUGGCCGGGGGAGGCUUGAUAGUAACUAACAGUUUGAACAAACAACCUCUGAAUACAGUAACCAUGAUGGGACCUAAUACUCAAGCGAUACAUCAUCCUAGCGGACCUCACGGGGUCUCUCAAAUGCAAAAUGGCCCCGGGAUGUUAAAUACAAGGGCUGUAGCGAUGCAACAGCAACAGCAGGCGGCAGCGGCCGCGGCCCACAUGGUCGGCCCUGCGAGAGGUCAGAGCCCUCACCAACAGGUACAUCAAGUUGGUAUAGUCGGUCCUGGUCAAGGUGGUCCCAGAAUGCAAGCGCCACCCAACAUGGCAAAUAUGCCCAACAUGGGGCAAAUAGGUACAUCCAGUCCAUACGGAUACGGUUCGCCAAAUAACGGGCCAGGACCAGGAGUAACUGUAUGCGCCAAUAAUCCCGUAGGUGUUGUCAAACCGCAACAGAAGGGUGUGGGCACAAACAUGACUGCCAUGCAGGCCGCCAGUAGGUUUACCGGGAACACUGGUCCUAUCGGUACUACUAAUAUCGUUGGUGGGCAAGAAAGCGGAAUGACACAGCAGACACAGCCGCCCGCGCCGAGUCCGGCCCAGCCGCCGUCGGGAGCUCCGAGCGGAGGCCAGCCAGGCCCGCAGCAGGCUACUCAGGGACAAAUGGCUGCUACUGGUGCUACUACACCUGGCACUACAAAGUCGACGCCUGACCCGGAAAAAUGUAGACUCAUUCAACAGCAGUUGGUUCUCCUGUUACACGCGCACAAAUGCCAACGACGCGAAAGUCAAGCAAACGGCGAGAUUAGACAGUGCACUUUGCCGGAUUGCAAAACUAUGAAGAACGUCUUGAAUCACAUGACGAAUUGCCAGUCCGGCAAAAGUUGCACGGUGCCACACUGUAGCAUGUCUAGGCAGAUCAUAAGUCAUUGGAGACAUUGCACGCGAACCGAUUGUCCGGUCUGUUUGCCGAUCAAGCAGGCGAACAAGAACAGGACUAAUCCCGCAGCAGCUCCCGCAGCCCAACAAAAUAAUCAACAAAAUCCGAGCCCGGCGGAAUUGAGAAGGGCUUGCGACUCUCUAGGAAUUCCAUAUCCGACGACGACACCGGGACUGCUGCCCGGUCAAGGUGUUGGUAGGGGCGUUAGGAUGCCGACACCUGGUAUGGCAGCACCACCAGGGGCGUUGCAAAGUGUUAGAUUGACGCAACCUCAAACGCAAACUGCACCAGGACAGUCUGUGGUUGGUACUGGACAACAAGUAGUUGCCCCAAAUGUAUCUCUUCCUCUAAAUUCUGAUCCUAGUACAGUCGGGGUAGCUGGUAAUCAAACGGCGCCGACGACUGGGGCCACACCCGCAGCUGCGGCCGCUGCCGCCAAUAUACAGCAGUCUGUUAAUAUGCAACAGCUAUUCGCAGGCUUGAAUGAAGCUGGACAACCCAGUGUAGUAGGGGAGAACAGAUUGGGAAAUUUGCAA